GCAGGCGUGGUUCCACACUCUUUUCUCUCUUGACCACAGGCUUUCAGUAGCCAUAUUUUCCAGCCCCGGGGCAUCCUAGAUUAAGCUCAGGCUGCUAGCCCUUUAAGCCCGACCUGCGCGGGGGACGACGUGGAACCACAGAACAAGCUGUAUCAGCCACGUGGUAGAAGGGAGCGUUCAUGUUGGAACUGGGCAAAGCGUAUUUCCGCUUUGAGCUGUACAAUAUGAUGUUCCGAGAGUAUCCACUUAUCUUUUCUUCUGUUGAGUUUCCAAAACUCUAAUGAUGCCACUCCUCUUGAUCAAAAGUUUAGUUUAAAAUAACACCACUCGUCCAGCUCUAGUGCCCGUUUUAAAAAUGGUGCCUCGGUCUUCAGCAGCGAUAGUUCUUUUGCAAUUAAGAUCCGGGCGGAAACAAUGGGUAGGUGCAGCGAGGCAGAGCCGAGGUUGCUUCAUAGAGCCUCUUGCAGGUCAGGAGGGAGGGUCAGGUCAUAGUUGGGUUUUGUUCCUGCUGGCGCGGGAAUACUCUGCGUGUAAGGGAGCGGCACUGCCGACUGCCGAGGCCUCUGGGAUUGUGCCGGGUUUGCCAGUUAGCCGAGUAGGCGGCGGAGCGGCGGCCCCUGGCGGGUCACCAUGUGGGCCUUCCCGGAGCUGCCGCUGCCGCUGCUGGUGAAUUUCAUCGGCUCGUUGCUGGGAUUUGUGGCUACGGUCACCCUCAUCCCUGCCUUUCGUAGCCACUUUAUCGCCGCGCGCCUCUGUGGCCAGGACCUCAACAAGCUCAGCCGGCAGCAGAUCCCCGAGUCCCAGGGAGUGAUCAGCGGUGCUGUUUUCCUUAUCAUCCUCUUCUGCUUCAUCCCUUUCCCCUUCCUGAACUGCUUUGUGGAGCAGCAGUGUAAGGCCUUCCCCCACCAUGAAUUUGUGGCCCUGAUAGGUGCCCUGCUUGCCAUCUGCUGCAUGAUCUUCCUGGGCUUCGCCGAUGAUGUACUCAAUCUGCGCUGGCGCCAUAAGCUGCUGCUGCCCACAGCCGCCUCACUACCUCUCCUCAUGGUCUACUUCACUAACUUUGGCAAUACAACCAUCGUGGUGCCCAAGCCCUUCCGCUGGAUUCUUGGCCUGCAUCUGGACUUGGGGAUCCUGUACUAUGUCUACAUGGGACUGCUUGCGGUGUUCUGUACCAAUGCCAUCAACAUCCUAGCAGGAAUCAAUGGCCUAGAGGCUGGUCAGUCACUAGUCAUCUCUGCUUCCAUCAUCGUCUUCAACCUAGUGGAGCUGGGAGGUGAUUAUCGGGAUGAUCAUGUCUUUUCCCUCUACUUCAUGAUACCAUUUUUUUUUACCACCUUGGGAUUGCUGUACCAUAACUGGUACCCGUCACAGGUGUUUGUGGGAGAUACCUUCUGUUAUUUUGCCGGCAUGACCUUUGCCGUGGUGGGAAUCUUGGGACACUUCAGCAAGACCAUGCUACUCUUCUUUAUGCCACAAGUAUUCAAUUUCCUCUACUCACUGCCUCAGCUCUUUCACAUCAUCCCCUGCCCGAGACACCGUAUACCCAGACUCAAUACGAAGACAGGCAAACUAGAGAUGAGCUACUCCAAGUUCAAGACCAAGAGCCUCUCUUUCUUGGGCACCUUUAUUUUAAAGGUAGCAGAGAGCCUCCGGCUAGUGACAGUCCACCGAGGUGAGGGUGAGGAUGGUGCCUUCACUGAGUGUAACAACAUGACCCUCAUCAACUUGCUGCUUAAAGUCUUUGGGCCCAUACACGAGAGAAACCUCACACUGCUCCUGCUGCUAUUGCAGAUCCUGAGCAGUGUCGUGACCUUCUCCAUCCGUUACCAGCUUGUCCGACUCUUCUAUGAUGUCUGAGUUCCCUGAAGAUUGUCCUUUACCGCACGGUCUCCAUUGGACCUCACCCAGGACCAGCCUCUGUUUGGUCCAAGACUGCCUUCUGGUCCAGACGCUGACUGUUCAUUUUUCAGUUUUGUGUUCAGCUUCUCCCAUCACCUGUGGAUACUGACCUGGACCUUAUUGGAUUUAAAGUCCAUUGGUUGGACUUUG